AUGCCUUCCCCAAACGACCGCCGGCGCGGCGUCUGGAGCCACUGGGUUCCGCUCGUCGUCACCGUCACCAUCGCCAGCGCAGGACUGGUUGCUUGGGCUCUCACCCAGCGCAAGGAGGAAGAGCAGCCUGGCUACGACCAGGAGCACGAGCAUCUCGACUACGAGAAUGCUGACUACGGGGACAACCCGCCGUACGGCGCAACCAACCGCGGCCCUCGUCCUGGCCCUCGUUCCGGUCCCGGCCCGGAUUCCCAGUCGCGGCCAGGCUACGAUGCACCCCCUCGACACGGAGACGAUACAUAUGGAACGCAAGCCGAGGCCAGCGGCUCCAACUGGGGCGCUAGAAUGUCCGGUGCAUUGCGCCGAACCCCCAGUCCUCAGCAGUUCUUAGAUUCGACCGGCAAAACCAUCACCGCUGGUGUUGCCGCGGCAGGUGCCGUCAUUGGCAAGACUCUUGCUUCUAUCCGUGAGGAGGAUAAGUACCCCGACGAUAGCAGAGUCUGGUCUGAGGAAGCCGAUGCCAAGAAGGACCGUGGCCCUGUCUCCGGAGAUAAGCGUCGCCGUACUGUUGCUGUUGUGGUGUCUGCCGAUAGCCCUCUAGCCCACUUCGCGGAUGAUGAUUCCCAUGAGCAUGCCUCCAUCCUGUCUCAUAUCCCUCGCCACAACGACUUUUCUCGCAUCAAGCUAUUUGUUCUCAUCUACGCUCCCGAUCUUAAGGAUAAUGCGCUGGAGAACGCUACAACCCAAACGCCUGGCGAAGAGACCAAGAGCCCUAUUGCCUCUACCGAAAAUGCCGCCUUUAACGCUGUUUACUCGCAGGCUCUUGCCCUUGUCGACAAGGAGACCAUGAUCCUUCCUUUUACGACUCCCAACGGCCAUGUUCACAUUCUCCGACACCUGCAGCCCGAUGUCAUCUACCUGCAAGAGUCGCUUAGUGGCGACAACGGCAGCAUCAUCACCAACAUGCAGACUUGGCUCCGUCACGACAUCAUGCUUGUUGUUGGUGCCGAGAGCGGCUCUGGCGGUCUCGCUGACAGUGAGUCGGAGGCCGAGCGCACAACAAAGAAGCAGCAAUGGUGGCAACGACCUGACCGUGUUGGCCGCGGCAGGGGUAUCAUUGUCGUGGAUAGCAUGCGCGUGAAUGACGACUGGGCUCGUCGGGUCAAUGGUGUUGAAUAA